CUCCCGCGGGUGCUGCCCCCGGGCUCCCGGCGUGUGCGCCCCCAGCUGCGCCUCCGAGGACCCGGUCUGCGCGCAGCGGGACGGAGCCGCGGGCUGGAAGCGGCCCCCGCACAGCUGGAUGAUGUCCGCUCCCAGCAGAUUCAAGAAGGACAAAGAGAUCAUCGCCGAGUACGAAAGUCAAGUCAAAGAAAUUCGAGCUCAGCUAGUAGAACAGCAAAAAUGCCUGGAACAGCAAACAGAGAUGAGAGUUCAGCUUCUCCAGGACCUGCAGGAUUUCUUCCGGAAAAAAGCUGAAAUUGAGACGGAAUACUCUCGGAACCUAGAGAAGUUAGCAGAAAGGUUCAUGGCAAAAACAAGAAGCACUAAGGAUCAUCAACAGUACAAGAAAGACCAGAACUUGUUGUCUCCAGUGAACUGCUGGUAUUUGCUUCUGAACCAAGUGAGAAGAGAAAGCAAAGACCACGCAACUUUGAGUGACAUCUAUCUGAACAAUGUGAUCAUGCGGUUCAUGCAGAUAAGUGAGGAUUCUACUCGGAUGUUUAAAAAGAGCAAAGAGAUUGCAUUCCAACUUCAUGAGGAUUUGAUGAAGGUUCUUAAUGAACUCUACACGGUGAUGAAAACAUACCAUAUGUAUCAUGCAGAGAGCAUCAGUGCCGAGAGCAAGCUGAAAGAGGCUGAGAAACAAGAAGAAAAGCAAAUUGGAAGAUCUGGUGAUCCAGUCUUUCAUAUAAGACUGGAGGAGAGACAUCAGCGGCGCAGCUCUGUAAAGAAAAUUGAAAAAAUGAAAGAAAAAAGACAAGCAAAGUAUUCAGAAAAUAAGCUAAAAUCGAUUAAGGCACGGAAUGAAUAUCUCCUAACCCUCGAAGCAACCAAUGCCUCAGUUUUCAAGUAUUAUAUUCAUGAUCUUUCAGAUUUAAUUGACUGCUGUGAUCUUGGCUACCAUGCAAGUCUGAACAGAGCCCUGAGAACAUAUCUCUCUGCAGAGUAUAAUCUUGAAACUUCCAGACAUGAAGGCUUAGACAUUAUUGAGAAUGCAGUUGAUAACUUGGAGCCCAGGAGUGAUAAACAGAGAUUUAUGGAGAUGUACCCUGCUGCAUUCUGUCCACCAAUGAAGUUUGAGUUUCAGUCUCACAUGGGUGAUGAGGUGUGUCAGGUCAGCGCUCAGCAGCCAGUCCAGGCGGAGCUUAUGCUCAGGUACCAGCAGCUGCAGUCCCGGCUGGCCACACUCAAAAUCGAGAACGAGGAGGUUAAGAAAACGACCGAAGCCACCUUGCAGACCAUACAGGAUAUGGUCACCAUCGAGGACUACGAUGUCUCUGAAUGCUUCCAGCACAGCCGGUCCACAGAGUCUGUGAAAUCCACUGUCUCGGAGACCUACCUGAGUAAGCCCAGCAUCGCCAAGAGGAGAGCAAACCAGCAGGAGACGGAGCAGUUCUACUUCAUGAAACUCAGAGAAUAUUUGGAAGGCAGUAAUCUCAUCACAAAACUCCAAGCCAAACAUGACUUAUUGCAGAGGACCCUUGGAGAAGGUCAUAGAGCUGAAUAUAUGACUACAAGGCCUCCAAAUGUUCCCCCUAAGCCCCAGAAACACAGGAAGUCCAGACCCCGCUCACAGUAUAAUGCUAAGUUGUUUAAUGGGGAUUUGGAAACAUUCGUCAAGGACUCGGGACAGAUUAUCCCUCUCAUUGUGGAAAGCUGUAUUCGGUUCAUCAAUCUCUAUGGUCUUCAGCAUCAGGGGAUUUUCAGAGUGUCUGGUUCCCAGGUGGAAGUCAAUGAUAUUAAAAAUUCAUUUGAGAGAGGUGAAAACCCCUUGGCUGAUGACCAGAGUAACCAUGAUAUUAACUCAGUUGCUGGCGUUCUGAAGCUCUAUUUCCGUGGGCUGGAAAAUCCCCUCUUUCCUAAGGAAAGAUUUAAUGAUCUGAUUUCUUGUAUCAGAAUAGAUAAUCUCUAUGAGAGGGCGCUUCACAUCCGCAAACUCCUCCUGACCUUGCCCAGGUCCGUCCUGAUAGUGAUGAGGUACCUCUUUGCCUUCCUCAAUCACCUUUCACAGUACAGUGAUGAGAACAUGAUGGACCCUUAUAACCUGGCCAUUUGUUUUGGUCCCACGUUGAUGCCCGUCCCAGAAAUACAGGAUCAAGUGUCUUGCCAGGCUCAUGUGAAUGAAAUUGUCAAAACCAUCAUCAUCCACCAUGAAACUAUUUUCCCAGAUGCUAAAGAGCUGGAUGGCCCUAUUUAUGAGAAAUGUAUGGCUGGAGACGACUAUUGUGACAGCCCGUACAGUGAGCACGGUACAUUGGAGGAAGUGGAUCAGGACGCUGGUACAGAGCCCCACACCAGUGAAGAUGAAUGUGAACCGAUAGAAGCGAUAGCCAAGUUUGACUACGUCGGGCGAUCUGCCAGAGAACUGUCCUUCAAGAAGGGUGCCUCCCUGCUGCUCUAUCACCGCGCAUCUGAGGACUGGUGGGAAGGCAGGCACAACGGCAUCGAUGGGCUCGUGCCACACCAGUACAUAGUGGUGCAGGAUAUGGAUGAUACAUUUUCAGAUACUCUGAGCCAAAAAGCUGACAGUGAGGCCAGCAGUGGGCCAGUCACUGAGGACAAGUCUUCAUCCAAGGACAUGAAUUCCCCAACAGACCGUCACUCUGACGGCUAUUUAGCCAGACAAAGAAAAAGAGGAGAGCCGCCCCCUCCAGUAAGGCGUCCUGGCAGGACCAGUGAUGGCCAUUGCCCCUUGCACCCCCCGCAUGCUCUUUCCAACUCCUCAGUUGACCUGGGGUCCCCAAGCCUGAGCAGUCACCCCCGGGGCCUGCUGCAGAACCGUGGCCUCAACAAUGAUAGUCCUGAGAGGAGGCGCCGGCCAGGCCAUGGUAGCCUGACCAAUAUCAGCCGGCAUGACUCCCUCAAGAAGAUCGACAGUCCUCCUAUUAGAAGGUCCACAUCGUCAGGCCAAUACACAGGCUUCAAUGACCAUAAGCCAUUGGACCCAGAGACAAUCGCUCAGGAUAUUGAGGAGACGAUGAACACUGCUUUGAAUGAACUCCGAGAACUGGAGAGACAGAGCACAGCCAAGCACGCCCCCGACGUGGUGCUGGAUACCCUAGAACAAGUGAAGAACGUGCCCACCCCCGCCACCUCCACAGAAUCUCUCAGCCCCUUGCACAACGUUGCCCUCAGGAGCUCGGAGCCUCAGAUUCGACGUAGCACGAGCUCCUCCAGUGACACAAUGAGUACUUUCAAGCCUCUGGUGGCGCCCCGAAUGGGUGUGCAGCUGAAACCCCCAGCGCUGCGGCCCAAACCGGCCGUUCUCCCAAAAACAAACCCUACCGUGGGACCUGCCCCACCUUCCCAAGGUCCAACAGACAAGUCUUGCACAAUGUAAAGACCAACUGGGCCAGGUCAUAUGGGGAGGUGAUUUGAAAAAAAAUAUAUAUAUAUAUGGAUUAGUGACAAAAGUCAGUGAUCCAUAACUUUCCUUAGUUUUGUGCUUAUAACUGGAGAUUUUCGGCUUUUCUAUGUUCUCGAAUGUAAUGUCUGAGACUAGCUAAAUUAACACGGGCAUUUGUAUUUUGUAAUUUUUUUUCUUUUUUUUUUUUAAUAACUGGACAUAUCUUAUGUCAUUUUAAAGACAAUAGAAACACUUAGAUUUACUUGAAAAUCCAAUGCUGCACCAUUCGUAAUGAAGGCAACACCGCUCUGCUCUCCGCGUUGUAUGGCGUUUCAGGCUUAGUGUAGCCUGGGUGAGUCCGAAAUGUCUGGAUCCGAAGGCACAAGAAUCUGGAGUUCCAGGCCUUGGAGUAGAACCAGUGUUGGUCUGUGCCACGUGGGGGUAAUGGCUGAAAGGUGCUGCCGGCAUUGUGUGGUGGCUGACAGUGAGCACCCCUGCCCAGGUCCCACUCACCCUAAGACUUGCAGUUGUCACAGUGGGACGUUCCCAGUGGGACUUGCGGCCCACCGCCUGAAUGAGUUGGAUGGUUGCCUCUUUCCUAAGAGUCGUUUCCCUGGGUCCGGGCUAAAAGCUCAGAGGAAGAGGUCAGAACCUCAACAGUUACUGCCUGAACUGAACCUAGGAAAGGAGAGAGAGAGAGAGAGAAUCCUCCAGAGCCAUUGGUGUGACUCCUUUCACAAGCCUGACCAGGCCCUGGAAGAUUUCCAAGCCCACCCCCUGCAUUCACGAAGGACUAGAACAGUCUAAUUUUAAAGACUUCCUGGUUACCCUGCUCCACAGACUCCUUCAGCGAUCUGUUGUUCCUAACUGCCUAGGGAAUACUUCUAGCUCCCCUAAACCUCUGUGAUCGCCCCCUGGAAAUGGAGAAUGCAAGCGGCACACAAGCCCUUGGUUCACUCAGCCUUCCCUUCUGGCUAAAUGACUUUGGUCCCUUUUACCACCCUACAGAGGCCUGCGGAACCUAAGUUGAAGCCCCAGCUCUGCUCUCCGUAGGUCUUUCUGAGCCAACCCAGACCUGGCUAUGGUACUGGAGUACGAGCCACGCUGGCCGAGGUGGGAGGGCCACCUCAUGGUUCCAGGGUGAUUUCCUCCCAAUAUGGCACCCUGGAACCCAGAUUUUUUUUUUCUUUUUCUUUUUUUUUUUUUUCCCACAUGGUCUCUACAUAACUCAGUCCAGUGAGCCCCAUGAGGGACCCUCUUUCUCCAGCCUCCUGGCACAAAGACAAUUUUCUGUUUCCCCUCUGUCUUAAAAAGGUUGCUCCAAAUUCAGUUGUUUUUACUAAGGUACAAAUCACCUCUCCUACCAGCAGCAGCUGAUGUCAUCCUAUCUACUCUCUCACUGAACCUACUGAUGAAGAAACUUUUUUUUUUUUUUAAAGAAGAAAUGGAUGGCCCCGACUAACCCCUCUCGACCACCAUUGAUUCCCUUCUAGGUUUGGAUUCCAAGUGGCAGUCGUUUGCCUCCCACCUAAGAGCGACACAGUAUGGACUUGAACCUGUUAACCCACUGGUGAAUGCCUCCUGCAGGAAAGGAGGAGGAUCUGUCCUAAAAAUCCAGAUCAUUACUGUGAUCUCUCCCUCAAUUUGCCAGUCUAAUCAUUCUAAUGCAGACAGAGAUUAAAUUAAUGAGAUAGAGUUACCUUUCAAAGUCACACUUGUGGUUGCUAGCCAGUGGCCUAAUUUCACAAAUGAACUGAAUGGAGAGUUGUGUUUGGGGGGGAGGGGUGUUUUUUCUCCCAAAGUAUUUCCAGGUAUGGUAAGCUUUUAAAUCUUUGAUUUUUCUUCAAUAUCCUCUUUGCCCAUUUUGAAAACAAUGCCUGGCUCAGCAUUGUCCAGCCCCUCACCAUUUCUCUUGAGCUUUAGUGGUCCUCCAGCAACUUGAGACACCAGGGAGACUCAGCUAGGAUUGAGCUCUGAGUAGCACUAAGCCUUUUCAACAAUCUUCCCAGAUUCCUAGGAAAUUGAAACCUCCUAAACAAUCUCCCAGUUCUUUCCAGAAGAACUCUAUUGCUAUGUGGGGACACAGAAGCAGGGAAUGAAAGUGGAAAUCAGUGGAGGAGGAGGGAGGGGAGACCUUAAAUCUUUUAGAAACUGAAAUAAAAAGGAUUUCUCUAAAACUAUUUUCCAUCUUUGAUAGAAGAGUGAGAUGUGAACAGAGGGCAUCCAAAGGGUGAGGCAUGUUGAAUUUAGUAUGGGGAGAGGAGGCGUCUUUCACAAGCUUUCACUCCGAUCUUACUCCUGCAAGUUCCUGUCUUCAGACUUCUCCCUGGUGAUCCUGCCCAGUGCCUCCUCUCUUCAGUGUUUACACUUCUGAUGACAUGAGGGUUGCCUUUCCAACCACCAAAUUAGGACUCUGCUCCCUUAGGUAGCAGAGGACAUGCUGCUCCAGAGCCUCAGAGCCUCAGAGGCUGUGCCUUCUCGCAGGAAACUUCUAAUGUUCUCGCAUCACUCCCUUACAUGUCUCUCUCUUUUCUCCCUAUGCCCCUGUUGACACCCUGAGAACUGCCUUUCUUUUUUUUUUUUCUCUACUCUUUUUUUCCCCCAAUCCCCAAGGAAGGGUGUGACCUCAUAGUAGAUAAGGCUCACCUAUUCUUAAUUUGUUUUAGUAAGAGUCUUCAGAUUCCAGGGAUAAGACGAGGUGGCUGCUUCACAAAGGGUCCAGAAUAACACCCUAUAAGCUCAUUAAAAGCUUCUGAAGCUGAGAGGCCUCACCCCAUACGUGGCCACAUGUCCUUCUCUACAGCCACAGGUGCAGCACACCGUGGGGGGAGGAAAGGUGCAAAGGGAUGGGGGGAAAGGAAAGAAUCCUGAGAUACUCUGCCCCUAGUUUCAAGGAUCAUAUUGUUUUUCAUGCACAGUUUGGGAAGGGGGUCAUUUUGAUGAUGGGCAAAGGAUGGCUCUACGGAGAUUACCAGACCACUUCCACCAGAAUAUAGGCUCACAGCUGAUAGAACUGCUUGGGUCCCUUCCACAGAGCUCACAGAAGUAGGCUUACCACGUUGGCCUUUUGGUUUGGGUCAGGGGUGUUGGGAGAGGAUCGUUAGGAGGGAGAGAAAGAUGCUGAAUUUCUGAUGAGUGUUGUGUAGAUUAUUUGAACCAGUCAAAUGGCCCUUUGCAGAGCUCUGGAUCCAUGUUCAGGGUCAGCGCUUUCGUUCAACAGUUUUGCACUUUUUCACACAAUGUCAUCUGACUUUGGUGCUCAUUGAGCCAUCCAUGGAAUAAUUUACAGCAGGGUCCUGCUUAAUCUACUGCAGUGAGUGUGAAGAGCCACCAGAGAGUAGAUCACAUGGUAUCUGUCAAGAGUUUUCUUUGUACUUUUUGCCAUUCCCAAAAUUGGGUUUAUAAUUUAAUUAAGGAAAAGAUACAAGUGGGAAGGGUAGUGGUCUCCUCGGCUUUGGGAGCGACACGGGGUCUACAAAAUGAAGAAACUUUAAUAUCAUCAUUACAGACUCUAAAAUUUAAACUUAAAGAGCCCACAUUGUGUGUCACCUAACUGGAAUUUAAAUAAAGAGCCCAGAAGUCUGUUGAGGAUUUAGAGAAGACGUCAGACUUGGGAUCCCGUUCAUUCUAUUCCCGACCACAGUAGUGAGAGACCACGGAUGCAGGAAGAGCACUGGGGACCGAGUCCUGCCCUGAGUUACCCCGCCACUGACGGUGGAGCUGGCGAAACAACUUAGAUGUAAAGGCUCAGCCGGGUGCACAGUGGAGCUUCCACCCCAGACCGUCCCCUGAGCUGCAAACCCAACCUCCAAGCUGGGCCGGGGCGUCAGGCGUGGUGCAGGGUGACUGGCACCCCUCCUCCGUUCGGAUCAGUAAGACAAACUGGAAAUCGAGCUUUCACUUCCCCUAGUGUACUUUCUUUAAAAAAAAAAAAAGAAAGAAAGAAACUACAACCACCACCACCAAUAGUCCAUGUGGUAUGAUCGAGAUGGGUACCUGUAUCUUGAAUUACAUAGGGACUUUUGUAUGUUUAAAUAAUUGUACUGGGUUCCAUAAUGCUUAUCUUAGAAACUGUUUAGUGCAAGGAGAUCUAGAAGCCGUGCGUCUGUGAAUGCCCCCGGUAGAGCGUUCAUCCAAGUCCAGUGUGUAGUGUGAUGGUUGUGCUAGGUGUUCCAAGUAUAGUAAGUGGCUGUGUAACAGGAGAGACUGCUAUUACCUACGGACUCGAGGGGGACUCCUGCCCACGUGAUAAAUCAGUAUUGUCCUUUUUCUGUCGGUUUGCUCACAGUGCUGGUAGCUUCCUGCUUGUGACUGUCACCUAAUCGUGUCGAUGUACAUCUGUAGUAUGUACAUGUGAAAGUGCCUUUCUAUUUUAGAGGAGUUUUAGCCUUGCUUCGCCCUGUCGCCUCGUCCUGCACCUAGACUUCCCCCCACACCUGCAGCUGUCCCUACCCCUGCACCUGCCCCCGCACCUGCCCCUGCCCCUGCCCCCGCACCUGCCCCUACACCUCCCCCCCCCGCACCCACACCUGCCCUUGCACCUGCCCCUGUACCUGCACCUGCCCCAGCCCCCACACCUGCCCCUGCACCUGCCCCCCUCCAGGGUGGAAGCGUCCUCCAGGUGCUCCCUGCCUCCCCGAGCCUCGGUGCUCCAUAGCGUCCGCCCUGCGUCCCCGUGGGUCCUCAGACUGUGUCGUCUCGCUGGUAGCCGUGACCGUGCCUUUCCCACCCGCAGUGUCCCCGCGUCGCCCCUCCCCGGCUCCGGCCCUCGGCGCCUGUGCUCGGUGCUGCCUCUGGGAACAGGUGGGCCCUGGGUUCCCGGGGGCAGAGAUAAGGGGGGGAGGCUUUUACAGUUCUGGAAGAAAAGAAACGUUUUUGUUAACCUGUUGUGACAAUGCACUUUUAUGUAUAGUACUGUACAUUUGGCAUGUACCAUUCGGGCUUCGGUAUACAGUCGGGUCUGUUCUUCACCGUGUAUCUUUAUAAUAAAUAAGAUAGUUCUGGC